AUAUUUUAAAUCAGAGUGCUUUCUUCAUGUUUCUGUAAACUGGUUAAGACACACAUGUACAAUCACUCCCCUACUUUCGACUGUUACCAUGUUCCCAAUACUAGUAUGGGUGUGGUAAUCGCCGGGUGAAUUGACUAAAUUUCGCAAGUUUGACGCGGCGGUGUCCUAAUUUUAGGAUAAUAUCGGAUAUAGGACAUACUUUGCAUUUCAGAAUCUGCUUCACUUAGGAAAUAUGAAUGGUGUCUAAAGGUGGAUUCAUCUUCAACGUUACUUUAAAUUGCCUUUCUCAGCACGUGUCAGCAGCAGUGGGCUGUGGAGUGAAGACCCCAGCAGAGGACCAUGAGCGAGCUGGAGCAGUUGCGCCAAGAGGCGGAGCAGCUUCGGAAUCAGAUCCGAGAUGCCAGGAAAGCCUGUAGUGACUCCAGUCUGUCCCAGAUCACGGCCGGUCUGGAUUCAGUGGGGCGGAUCCAGAUGAGGACCCGGCGGACCCUCCGCGGCCACCUUGCCAAAAUCUACGCCAUGCACUGGGCCACUGAUUCCAGGCUCCUUGUCAGUGCUUCCCAAGAUGGCAAACUGAUCAUUUGGGACAGCUACACCACAAACAAGAUGCAUGCCAUCCCCCUGCGCUCCUCCUGGGUGAUGACCUGUGCCUACGCUCCCUCUGGCAACUACGUGGCCUGCGGAGGCCUGGACAACAUCUGCUCCAUCUACAGCCUGAAGACCCGCGAGGGCAACGUCCGUGUCACCCGCGAGCUGCCUGGCCACACAGGUUACUUGUCCUGUUGUCGCUUCCUGGAUGACAGCCAGAUCCUCACCAGUUCAGGAGACACCACAUGUGCAUUAUGGGACAUCGAGACAGGCCAGCAGGCCACCAGCUUCACCGGCCACAGCGGCGACGUCAUGAGCCUGUCUCUCAGCCCAGACACACGCACCUUCGUGUCCGGGGCCUGCGACGCCUCCGCCAAGCUGUGGGACAUCCGCGACGGCAUGUGCAGACAGUCCUUCAUCGGACAUGUGUCCGACAUCAACGCUGUCUGUUUCUUCCCCAACGGGAACGCCUUCACCACGGGCUCGGACGACGCCACCUGCAGGCUGUUUGACCUGCGCGCCGACCAGGAGCUCAUGAUGUACUCCCAUGACAACAUCAUCUGCGGCAUCACCUCCGUGGCCUUCUCCAAGAGCGGCCGCCUGCUGCUGGCCGGAUACGACGACUUCAACUGCAACGUGUGGGACACACUGAAGGGAGAGCGCAUAGGUGUCCUGGCUGGUCAUGAUAACAGGGUCAGCUGCUUAGGGGUGACAGACGACGGCAUGGCUGUGGCCACGGGCUCAUGGGAUAGCUUCCUGCGGAUAUGGAACUGAUCUCCAGGGGGGCGGGCCCGCGGAGCAAAAGAGCAGGUCGGUCCGGUCCACAACGCGACCGCAGCACACAAGCCGCCGCCCCAGAGAAGCCAGCCUGCCCCCCCUCCCCUCCCCCACACCCAGCCCAACCCUAAACCCAUAAAAACACCACAUCCAUAGACCCCCCCCCAC